CAGAUACUGAAAUACGAUUUCGAGGAGCUCCUAUUCUAAAGCAAACCCUAGCUCUCAAUUAAGAAAAGAGUAACAUAAAACCAACAGAUCGAUUCCCCUGAGAAAUGGCCGGUGCCGGAAUUCACCCAUACCAUCAGCAAUGGCCACCAGGCGCAGCCCCUCCUGCGGCUUCCAUGGCCGUUCCUCCUCCUCCUCACCCCCAUCCUCCUCCAAUCCCCAUGGAUAACCACGCUCUCCAAUCACCCUCGGACGAGGUACGGACGAUUUUCAUUUCGGGAUUACCGGAGGAUGUGAAAGAGAGAGAGUUGCAGAACUUGCUGAGAUGGUUGCCGGGGUACGAGGCAUCGCAGGUCAAUUUUAAAGGCGAGCAUCCAAUGGGUUUCGCCCUUUUUGCUACUGCUCAGCAUGCACUUGCUGCCAAGGACGCCAUACAGGAUAUGGUCUUUGAUGCUGAUUCAAAGUCUGUACUGCACACUGAGAUGGCCAAGAAGAAUCUUUUCGUGAAAAGGGGAAUUGUUGCUGAUUCAAAUGCUUAUGACCAAAAUAAACGUAUGCGAACUGGUGGUGAUUAUACGCAUGCUGGUUAUUUAAGUCCAUCUCCUUUUCACCCUCCCCCAGCACCUGUCUGGGGACCACAUGGGUAUAUGGCUCCGCCACCUCCACCUUAUGAUCCUUAUGGAGGUUAUGCUGUUCCUCCCGUCCCAAUGCCUGCUUCAGCUCCUGUACCUGCACCAAGCAGUUAUGUACCUGUGCAGAAUAAUAAAGACAACCCACCUUGCAAUACACUGUUCAUUGGCAAUCUUGGUGAGAAUAUUAAUGAAGAAGAGCUGAGAGGCCUUUUCAGCGCACAGCCUGGCUUUAAGCAGAUGAAGGUAUUGAGACAGGAAAGACAUACAGUUUGCUUCAUUGAAUUUGAGGAUGUGAAUAGCGCCACACAUGUGCACCGUAGCUUGCAGGGUGCUGUUAUACCCAGUUCUGGUUCUGUUGGCAUGCGCAUUCAAUAUUCGAAGAACCCAUUUGGAAGAAGGAAGGACUCUGUCAACCUAGCUGUGCCCCUCGGUGUGAAUGCUGCUCCAGCACCCAUGACCUAUCAGUAGCUGAAAGGGGGUGUAUUCUGUUCUCUAUGCUCUGACAUACAAACCACUACAUGGUAGGAUGCAUCAUGCAAUGCAUCCAUUCAUCAUCAAGUCAUCGGCAUUAGCAUCUCGUCUCAUAUAUAAAUGCACGCUAUGGUGUCUCAAACACACUGUUGAUUCAUAUUAUACUUGAUAUCCAAGACAUGCAUUCAAUGCAGUUCCAUCGCUGGAUGAUUUGUUAGCCUAAUCAUGUUCUAUUACACGUUACAUCAGUGUGCAUGGUUUUGUUCUUCGGUUCAAUGGUUUUGUUUAACUACUUAUGACUCCGCAACAUGCUUUUCUUCUGACAUCGAUCUUUACACGUUAUAUAUUUAUUGAGAAAUGACAGAUAGCAUGUUUGGCUAUGCUUAAAAGUAAAUAUUACUUUUGCCAUACUUUCAAGUAAAAAAUAUUACUUAGCUUACUAUCAAAUAAGCCACUUAUUUCCAAUUUUCACCAAUUAAUUUUUUUUUUGUUUUUUGGAAUUUUUUAUUUAUUUAUAAGUGAUCUUUUUAAGCUGAGCCAAACAUGCUCUAAACUAAUGUGUUUUUUAACUUUUUAAUGUGCACUCACGCUCAACUUGCACUACAUGUCUUCGCAUUUCAAGGAAAUGGUACCCAGUCUCAUUUCAUGCACGACCAUUAAUUCAUAACACGAAAGAUCUGGAAAUAUUCACAAGAUCAUAUUACCUUUUCAGUUGGUAAAACCAUCACUGCCUUCUCUGUUUAGGCUUCGUUUGGUUGAUUAAAAUUCCUUAGAGCCCAUCAAGUGAGCUCAUAAUAUCACACAGUAACGUCCAGGGUUGAAAUCAUGAACAAUUGGAAGAAUCUUGGAAAAUAGAUUCUGCUGUUCUCGUGCAGGAUUCUCAAAACAUUUUCCAUACAAGGAUGAUCAAGAGCAGGACUGAUUUGUUACUUGUGACUUGUUCUAGAAACUGGGUUACCAGCUGGCAAACUGGUUGCUACGUAAAAUGGUGGUAGAAAUAGAAUUAGUGUGUGCGGGUGCAAAUUUGCGGUCAAGUAUUAGCCUGUUAGAUUGACGCUAUUUAUUGAAAUGAACGUGUCCUUUUAAC